CUGGGUAGAAGACUCUGCUUCAUCUGUUUUCCCAGGAUGGGUUCAAUAAUUGCCAAAAUGCUGUUGCCCACUGUUAGCAGCUUGGCGUUCAUGCCGGCGAUCAGUGUGGCAGCCAAACGGGGCUUUCAUAUGGAGGCAAUGGUGUACUUCUUCACAAUGUUCUUCAUUGCGAUUUACCAUGCAUGUGAUGGCCCUGGAUUGUCCAUCUUGUGCUUUAUGAGAUAUGAGAUUUUGGAGUAUUUCAGUGUCUAUGGGACAGCUAUCUCAAUGUGGGUCACUCUUAUAGCUCUGGGAGACUUUGACGAACCAAAACGGUCCACCCUCACAAUGUUUGGUGUUCUCACUGCCGGCGUGCGCAUCUAUCAGGAUCGCUGGGGGUACGGCGUCUAUUCUGGGCCAAUUGGCACAGCUGUGCUGAUGAUCACUGUCAAAUGGCUGAGGAAGAUGAAGGAGAAGAAAGGCCUGUACCCUGAGAAGAGUGUGUACACCCAGCAGGUGGGGCCAGGGUUCUGCUUUGGAGCACUGGCUCUCAUGCUCAAGUUCUACUUCGAGGAAUGGGAUUACACCUACGUUCACAGUUUUUAUCACGUGUCCCUGGCCAUGGCCUUUGUCCUGGUUCUCCCGAAGACCAACAGACUGGGAGGGACGGGAGGGAACCCUGCGAAGCUCAGCUGUUACACCCUCUGCUGCUGUGGGACUAAGCCAGCUAUAAAAGACAGGAUUCAAACAAUCUGGAGUUCAACGACUAAACGCCCCUGGAUUCGGGCCUGCGAUCCAGGCCUCCCUUUCCGCCGCCCCCAGCCAGAAACCAAGUAACCUGCAGGACCUUCAGAGAGAGGGAGUGGGGAGUGGAGUUGCUGUGUCCUUUCUAGGCAACAUUCCAUAUUAAAUUAAUUGAACUAAGUUUUGCAGAGUGGUAUGAUGCAGGACAAAUCAGUGUGCUCACAUUCUCACUGCCUGUACACUGGGGAAGCUGUGGAAAAUCUUAACAAUGCAAUUUAAGGGAAUUGCACUGUAUACAACACACUCCUUCCCCAUAGUGACUCUUUUUUCAUAAUGAGUAGGAGUCCUAAAUUGUAAAGAGUGAUUGUGUUUGAAUGUUAUUUUCAUAUGUUUUGUAAACAUAGUUGUUUAUUUAUAUUGUCUUAUUAAGAUCAUUUUAAUUGAGAAUUAUCUGAUGCAGCGAGAAUUGCCUUUAUAGAUAAUUAAUAAUAAACAAAUCAGUUGUAUUAUAUUAUAGAGCAUACUCCUGCAGGUACUGUUUUUGUAUACAAAGACAUUUAGAAGGCUUUUUGAUUUUACUGUAUACUGGAUCACAGACUAAACAGAUUGCAGUUGAUACAAAACAGAUUUUAGUUAAUGUAAAACACACAACCAGAUCUUUCCAUCCCAUUUCUCUGCUUCUUUGGAGCUUGCAUUGGCUUUCAGUAAAGUAGAGCAUUCAUUUCAAAUGAUGUUGUUUGUUUCCAAAACUGUUCAGGGUCUUGGUCCAGCGUAUUUCAACAUCUGAAGCAGACGUUGAGCUCAGCAAGUGUCGUACUUCUGGUACUCCCCAGAUUUCAAGAUCUGGGGCGUUGAGUGCUUCCCAGCCUUAUUCAGAACGCUGAGACAUUUAACAGUUUUGGCUGGGUUAAAGGCUUCUGUUAAUUUGCACUGUAGAGAUGCAUUCAUUUAUAGUUGCUUGUAUAUGUAAAUUGUAUGGUAAUUGGUAUGAUGUAAGCUUGAAACUAAGCCUACUAUUACAGUGAGAGUUACUGGGUUUUAGGGAUAAUGGCCCCAUCAAAAUCUGUUUCUAAUUCUACAUUAAUGCACCCUCUAUUACAUUGGUCCUCAAAGUCGUGCCUGCCGGCAAAUUCGUGCCAACGAAACUUUAAACACGUUUUCCAAUAAAAGCGCCACAGCAGUCUGUUGACAGCGCUGCUCUCUUAUGCUG